AUGGCCGCCAAUAAGGCUUGGAGGAGUUCAGCGUACAGUGACAGUCAUCCAGUCUCCGAUAGUGCCACUGAUGGGCGUGCAGAAGGGACCAAACUUGAGGCCGAGGCGUUUAACAGUGCUUCCUCAAAGGCUCAGUACCAAGAUGCAUGCCAGAAACAUAUAGAUGUACUGAAAAUGCAACAGACCAAACAUGAGGACCCUAAGAUAUCAGAAGUCAACCGAGCUUACGAUCUUGAUCCUCGCCCAGGAAAGCAGAUAGGGCCGUACAGAAAGGCACUGCCUGACAAUGAUGGACUCUUCUCUACCAUUUACAAGUCCAAGAAUGCAGACGGGUUGCUUGUGGCUUUGAAGGUCACAGUUCCGCACAUGAUGGAACCACCGCAUGAUUCGAUGCGUGAAGCAAGAAUAACACGCCGGGCUGAAAGCACUAAUGUCAUUCCAUUAUUGGACACUUUGCACGAACCAGGCCAAAGAUUCGUCCUCAUAUUCCCGUACAUGUGUUAUCAGUUGGAUACACUCCUGAGCCGGAAUGUACUUUCCGCACAAGAAAUCCAGUCGCAUUUGCGAGACCUGUUUCGUGCAUUGGAUCACAUACACUCACUGGGCAUCGUACAUCGUGACAUUAAGCCAUCUAAUAUCCUCCUACGCUCACCAUCGGGCCCAGCGUAUCUGGCUGACUUUGGCAUUGCGUGGGACCCGACAGAUGCUGCCUCUGAACCGGCAGAUGCAAAGAUAACCGACGUUGGAACAACAUGUUAUCGACCACCGGAAAUACUGUUUGGCGGGAAAGAUUAUGGUCCUAGUCUAGAUCUAUGGGCCGCUGGGUGUGUUGUUGCUGAGACUAUCGAUAUGCCAGCUCAUCAGACGCUUUUUAAUGCUGGUGAUAUCGGCAGCGAACUGGCGUUAAUACAUUCCAUUUUUACGACCCUGGGAACACCAAACCUGGACACUUGGCCGUCUGCCAAAGGGCUGCCUGACUGGGGUAAAAUUGAAUUUAAACAAUAUUCCGCGAGGCCUUGGGAGGAGAUAUUGAAGGCUGUGCCACAAACCGGCCGAGACUUGGUGCGGCAGCUCGUUCGUUACGAGAGCAAGGAUCGCAUUGCCCCUUGUGAGGUUCGUGAUUCAUAA